UAGGUGUACGAUUCAAUAGAAAGAUUUUAACCUGUAAAAAUACGUGCAAGUUGUUUGGAAAUACCUUUUUUGUUGGACAAAGUUGUAUCAGAAUUCAAGAACAUGCCUGGUGCACUACAUCAGAAACCACUGGAAAAAAGAAGCAGCCGCUUAAAUAUACAGAAAUUAUCAUGUUCUACAUCCUUGCCUUCCCUUCCACUGCCGGAUCUUCAAGAAACACUAGAACAAUAUCUUCUGUGUAUAAAAGCGCUCGUGCCCGAAUCUCAAUUUGAACAAACCAAGGAAAUUGUCGAAUCGUUCGGUGCAACAGGUGGUGUAGGUGAAGCGAUUCAAAGACGUCUUGAAGAAUGUGCCAAAACUAAAGUCAACUGGGCAUACGAGUGGUGGCUAAAUGACAUGUACUUAACAAAUCCUGCCUCGUUACCAAUUAAUUCAAAUCCUGGGAUGGUUCUUCCAAAACAAAACUUUGAAGAUCAGCUGAGCAUGCUCCAAUACGCUGCUAAGAUUACUUCAGGAAUUCUGGACUUCAAAGUUAUAUUAGACGCACGUGCCCUACCCGUUGAUGUUGCAAGAGGACAGCUUGCCGGUCAAGCAAUGUGUAUGGAACAAUACUACAGACUGCUUAAUUCAUAUAGACUCCCUGGAUAUACACGUGAUAAACUUGUUUCGCUAAAAUCCGUUCAAUCUGAUGAACCAGAACACGUGAUCGUUGUUUGUAACAACCAGUUUUUCGUAGUUCCAGUCAUGAUGGGCAAUUACCGAUUGAGUGAGGCCGAAUUUGUCAGCCAAUUCCAGCGUAUUUUAGAUGCCGCUCACGAUCCUGCUGAACAUAAUCCCCCGGUUGGAGUUUUAACGUCACUGAAGCGACCAGAUUGGGCUGAGGCUCGGGAGAUUAUGAUGUCAGAACCAAUAAAUCGCCUCUCACUCGAUUACAUCGAACAAAGUAUUUUCAUUCUGUGUCUCGAUAAAUCACUGGAAAAUGAAGAUGACGUCACAAUGGCGCACCAAAUGCUUUAUGGAGGAGGACCAGAAAAAAACAGUUGUAACAGGUGGUACGACAAAACUAUCCAACUUAUAAUCGGUUCUGACGGAAAAACAGGUCUUUCUUAUGAACAUUCUGCUUCUGAGGGUAUAGCUGUCACCGCGCUCAUAGAACACUUGUUAAAAUACAUAGCACUACAAGAAAAAAAAGGAGCAUACAGAUCAAAUUCGAGCAUCGUGCUACCUUCCCCACGACGCCUCCAGUGGAGACUUAACCCUUCUGUUAAUCAGUAUGUCGAAAUUGGUAAAGCCAAAAACAGGCACGUUGCGAAUUCACUAGAUUUAGAAAUUCUUCGAUACACGAAUUAUGGAAAAGAUUUCAUCAAACGACAGAACAUGAGCCCAGAUGCUUACGUGCAAGUUUGUCUACAAAUUACAUAUUACAAGCUAUACAAACGUUUGGUAUCUACAUAUGAAAGUGCUUCAACCAGAAGAUUUAGAGAAGGCAGAGUGGAUAACAUAAGAGCUGCAACGGUUCAGGCGCUUGAAUUAGCGAAAGGAUUGACUGAACCUGAUGAAAGCGGGAAGAUAAAAAUGGACGCAAAAAAGAUGUUACUGUUGCGGAGGGCUGUGAAAGCACAAACUGACUUCACCAUUGCAGCCAUCACUGGUCAUGGCAUUGAUUGUCAUUUACUUGGACUUAAACAAAUGGCAGACGAAAUGGGUCUUCCAACCCCAGGUAUAUUCAAAGACUCUUCAUAUGAGCUUAGCAAUUAUUUUCAACUCUCUACAAGUCAGAUACCAACGAGUACAGAUUCUUUUAUGUGCUAUGGACCAGUGGUGCCGGACGGUUAUGGUGUUUCCUACAAUCCUCACAGCAAUUCAAUCAUUUUCUGUACAGCAUCAUUUCGUACUUGCCCGAGUACAAGUUCCGAAAAGUUUGUUGCAGCAUUGGUUGAAUCUCUACAUAUAAUGAAAGAAAUUUGUGUCCAGUGGAAUAGACGUAGAUCGUCAAGUCUAGAGCACCUGUCGAUUCAUCGCAAACUCUCUUUACAUCGUCGCGUAGAUGCGAGAUCGUAUUCAGUCGAUUGUGACGCAUUAAGGGAGGAAUUCUCCGCGGAAUCAGAUUCAAGUGAUAAUGAGGUUUUGGAGAAGAAGAAGAUACUAAAAAAGCAAAAAAGUUUUACCACCACAAGAAUGAUUAAGCGAAAACUGGAACGGAGAGUUUCUUUGAUAUCCAAUUUAAAUGCACACCAUCGGGGCAACAGCAAAUGUGGUAUUGUUGAUAAAACACAAACUCAUACCUCGUCAAAUGUAGAAAGUUCACAAAUCCCAUGUGACCUGAUGAAGCUUCUGAGACAAGAAAGUUUAAAUCAAAAAAACAAUAUCACCAUUUCUUAAAUAUCCGAUAAAAUUUAGAAAUAUCCACGUCCCAAUUAAAAAUAUUAAACCUUCGACUAUACAUUUGAUAUUGAAACCAUUUCCGCGUAUUUAUAACCAAUAUAUAAACGCACUUCGAAGUACAAUAAAAUGUAUUAUGCUCGUAAGCGUAACUAAUAAAUCAAUUUAAACUUGCUAUUUUCAUAUUACUUCAUAAUUUCGCUCAUGUAUCUUUAUUUUGUCGUUGUUGUUUUAAAAAGUUUGACCAAUUGUGUUGCAUAUUAAAGUUUGUAUACCACCCUGUAUGUAUCAUUAUCGUUUUAUCUAAUAAGCCAAUCAUGUUUCUUAUAUUCCACUUUUUCAUUUCUGAGCAAUAUAUUCUGCAUGCUUUAUAUGCUGGUGACAGUAAGAGUUAUCUAUCUAAUAUUUAUUAUAUUCAUCACGAAUUCUCAUUGAUCAAUAAAAUAUAUUUUGUUGCA